CAGGAGGUGGAGGGAAAGGAGUGGCAUCGCCUGUGCCUCGAGUGUACAGUCUACUGGAGAGGGAGGCUUCCUGUCAUCAGCCUCAGUCAUACCAGAGGGCGGAGAAGAGGGGAUGGCAGAAAACAGCUCCGAUGCUUGUGAUUCCGUCUAUCGGAGGUGUUUGACUCAUUCUCCCGGGGACAAACCCCAAUUAAUCACCAACGGCACAUCCAAAUGGGUUCGCUUGAACGUGGGGGGGACGUACUUCCUAACAACACGACAGACGUUGUGCCGAGAUCCGAAAUCAUUUCUGUUCCGACUGAGCCAGGCUGACCCUGACCUCGACUCUGACAAGGAUGACACAGGUGCUUAUCUCAUAGAUCGAGACCCAGCGUACUUUGGGCCGGUGCUGAACUACCUGAGGCAUGGCAAACUGGUGCUCAACAGGGACUUGGCAGAGGAAGGUGUCCUGGAGGAGGCGGAGUUCUACAAUAUCACAUCAUUAAUUAAGCUCCUCAAGGACAAGAUCAGGGAACGCGACUGUAAAACAUCACAGGCUCCAGUGAAGCACGUGUACCGGGUGCUGCAGUGCCAGGAGGAAGAGCUCACCCAGAUGGUGUCCACCAUGUCAGAUGGCUGGAAGUUUGAACAGCUGGUCAGCAUUGGCUCCUCAUAUAACUACGGAAACGAGGACCAAUCUGAGUUCCUGUGUGUAGUUUCCAAGGAACUCCACAAUCAGUCAUAUGGCACAAACAGUGAACCCAGUGAGAAAGCCAAGAUUCUUCAGGAGAGGGGAUCCAGGAUGUGAAGCAUCAGUAUUACAAGCUCCAGGUAUAACGACGCAAACAUAUCAUUGACGAGGAAGAGCCUUUCACACCCCCCAGAAGACGUUAGUCCAGAGGGACAUUUGUUUCUGUGUUUUUACUCCAUUUAAUGUUUUAUUUUAUUAUGUAAAUACAUCUGUUUACUGACUUGCUGUGCCUGUAUAGUUAACCAGGACUUUUUUUUUUUUAUUUGCUGUUUCUUCCAACAAAAAAUUAUGAUUUUUUUUUUUAUUGAUAUUCUAUGAAACACGGCCAUGGUCAUAAACGGCCAAUGAUUUACUCAGGGGCUACUUUUGAGUUCUUCUUUUACCUUCUAACUCAAGGGUCUUGUAAUGAAUGAGAAUGGUCUUCUGAUAUCUAUAUCAUCAAGCAUAAACUGCUGAAAACUGUACUGUAUGUAAUAGAUAAAUGCUUACAUACACCUUGAGUAAUUGGGAUCAAAGGAGGGUCUUCUUAAUUUGGUUUUAAAAAGUGUUUAUUGCUUCCCUGACUGGUUUAGCCUCUGUAUUUUAGAGGGGACAUUCUGUUUAAUAAAGCCUUUAUUAUGGGGAGUAAGACAUUUUUGGGAAGGUUGGGGUUUAAAUGUUUAUUGAAGGUAAUGGUGAAGGAAUAUUUUUUUUAAUAUCCUUUAUCUUUUUUGAUGUACAUAAUCAAAAAAGUCCAAUAUUAAUAUUUAACUUUAACUCAAACUGCACGUUUUGUACACUAUAUAUAGUUAAACACAACUUUAAAUGUAAGUUGGUGUACUGGAUCUUACAGAGCUAGAACGUUUUGACAGUGAAAUUAUGUUAACUUGUUUUAAAAAAAUGUUUGUACAGAGGUCUGUGCAUAUUAAGAUGUAAAUCAACAUUUAAAUGGUUGAUGCAGAAUAUCUGUUUUACUUAGAACUUAACUGGAUCAUCUUUUGAUAUCCAAUAAUAAGAGAAUUAUGCCUUGGCUCAGACAUUGACUGUUAUAUUGUAGAUAGACAUAUUUGUCUUGCAAGGCUACACGUUCGUUGAGGCAUUUUCUAUUUUAGAUAGUAAAUGCCUUUAGGUUUUAUACACGGCAUUCCAAUCUCUACAGUUGAAUUAACACCAUACACAAUGCUUUCCUUAGCCUGCAACACUGUUUUAAGGGUUUAUACUACAUUUCAGGACACUUUUUAUACAGACAAUGGUUUCUGGCCUGGAGUGUGGUAUUGCUCAGUUCAAUAUAUCAUCUAAAUCUAACUUUUGAUAGUGUUGCCUUUUCCCUGUGAUGACCAAAUCCAAUGUGUUAUGUGCAGCUUACACAUUACAUUACAGUGUCAGGGAUGAGUUAACAUCUGUAUGUGCAGCAGGAGACCCAUAUUCACACACUAUUUAAUUUAAACACACACACUCUUUCCACAUUGCAAACAAUUUUGUACAAUUAAAGGUGAUAGGAUGGAUGCAUGUUUUUUGAUACAGGCGCGCACACACACACACACACAAGGGCUUUUUAAGUGGAAACUGAAAUCUGCAAAAAGGUUUCUUCAGAUUAGAGUGAGCGGUUGUUUUGCCAGAGCUAGGCUAUGUUUACAUUUGCUAUAGUAUUCUGAAGCCUUCCAGAGAUCUUCUUGCACUCCCUCACAUACCUUAACAUAGAUAUUUACUUGUUUGACUGGAGCAAAGGAAACAAGCACUCUGCACUCCAGAUUCAUUUCAAAUGCAUGUAAAUAGUUAUACUGUUAACAUAUCGUAUACAUUUCCAGGUGGUUUGCUACCACUUCAAUGUUAAAAGUGCUGGUAGACUUAAUGUGACCAAAUUAUGCAGGAUUUCAGUGGGUUUAUAGAGAUUGAAGCUCACGAGUGGAACAGCUUGAUGAGGCAGGUUUCGUAGGAUACAUUUACCAAAAUCCUUGAUUUUCCCAAGCUGGUCGGGAGUUGCUGCCAUUUUAAUUGAAUUCCACUAAAUUGAAAGAAGGGUAAAAUAGGGAAUUAUAUAUAAUAGCUGGAGACAAUCUUAUUUUUCCCUGUUUUGGUAAUUCUCCUAAGCUCAGCCAGCUUGAUUGGGUAGACUGGAAUUGGUCUUCUCCUGAGCAUUGCUGCAGUGAAAUUCUCAGCAUGUUUUUAGUUUAGUUUGCUUGGUUCAAUUUUAAUCUUAGCAGUCUGUGUACUCUGGUGUGACGUAAUAACGUCACUGUUGCUGGACACUAUUUAAUCAGCAGCACCCCUUCUAUACACUGCUAGACUACAUAUCACAGUCAUUUAACUUUAAAUAACAUUAUUCUGUUUUGUGCACCAAAGUAUCCAGUCUAUAAGAUGUUCAAGAACAGUGUGAUGAUUCAGCUGCUGACAUCGUCACUGACCAUUUUAAUGCAUGAUUAAGACGGUCACAUUAGGCUUACUAUUCCGUAGUAUAUGGAAUUUAUUUAUUUCUCGAUCAGAAUGAUGAUGCUGUUGAUAUUGAAAAUAAAUCACAAAAUCACUGUAUCACUCACUUCUGACUAUUACCAGGAUUUUAUGCAAUGUUUAAAAUAUGUACAAAAUAACUAAUGUUUAUGGGAUUAAUAAUCUUGCAUAAGGUAAACCCAAACUGAUGGUCUUGCAUAGGGUAAACUAAAUAAAAUGGUUUGAUUUUCACAUUCUUA